AUGCCCUCAGUUUCAAUGGCUAUAUCACGACCUUUAGCUACACACAGGAUAUCAACACAACCAUCAGACUCCCAAUUCUUCCUUCAGCUGCUUCCUGUAAGGCCAUCGAAGGUGGUUUUCUCCACAAAGCCAAAAUCCAGAGGCCAGCUUGAACUGCAUGCUUAUCUAAAAGAGAAAGCUGUGACAGGACUAAUAGCAGCAGUGUUGACAGCUUCAGUGGUUAUACCAGAGGUGGCAGAGGCAGCAGGACCUGGCAUAUCUCCAUCUCUCAAGAACUUCUUGCUGAGCAUAGUAGCUGGUGGGCUUGUAGUUGGUAUCCUCGUUGGAGCUGUUAUUGCGGUUGCCAACUUUGAUCCUGUUAAGAGAAGCUGAACAUAUAGAGAAACUUGAAAGUUUCUUCUUGCCAGAUUAUAAUGUCUAGUACUCUGCAACCUUUUAGCUUAUGCAAGUUGGGAAAAAAUGUUUUAGUUCA